AUGAACUCGACACUACCUCACGGUUUACCUGGAACGCCAGGCGGCUUCGUUAUCUUUGGUCCGCAGGCAAACUGCACGCUCGACCUCUGUCCCAUCGACUGGAGCGUCUACAAAUACCGCCCUUCAAUCGCUGCCAACUCCGUCUUCAUCGCCCUCUUUGCCAUCGCCAUUUCCCUCCACGUCGUCCUCGGCAUCCGAUGGCGCCAGUGGAACUUCAUGGGCCUCAUGACCUUUGGCUGCCUGGUUGAGAUUGGAGGUUAUGCGGGUCGACUGGUUCUCUACAACAAUCCUUGGUCGUUUGGCGCCUUCAUGGACCAGAUUGUCCUCAUCACCAUCGGUCCGGUAUUCUAUACUGCGGGCAUAUACAUUACUCUCUCCAAAACCAUCAACUUCUUGGCUCCCGACAUCUCACGCAUCAAGCCCGAACUCUUCUACUGGAUCUUCAUCCCUCUCGAUAUUGUCUGCCUUAUCCUCCAAGCCGCCGGAGGCGCCAUGUCCACAGUCAGCUCUGGUUCCAGUCAAACAGGUGUCGACAUUGCCAUGGCAGGUCUGGCCCUCCAGGUCGCCGGUCUCUUCUUCUUCAGCGUCUUGUUCGUCGACUACGUAGCUCGCUAUGUGCGAACGAAGAAGUCUACGCCGUUGGGACAGAGGAUGCGCAUCUUCUUUGGGUUUCUGGGCGCCGCUAUCCUCCUGAUCUUCAUUCGUUGCAUAUACCGAUGCUACGAGCUGAGCAAGGGCUAUGUCCACUCGGAUCUGAUUACAGACCAAGGCCUCUUCAUCGGUCUUGAAGGAGUUUUGAUCGCUGCCGCUGUUUUCUGCCUCUGCGUCGGUCACCCUGGCCUUAUUUUCGGUCGAGAUCAAAGCAAGGACCUUUCUGUUCCUACGGACGAUGAUACUGCCAACCUCGAGUCCAAGCCUUGA